CUGAGAUAAUAAACAAAAAUUUUAAAAGGAAAUUAAAUAGUUUGGGGGAAAAAAUUAUAGUGGCUGAGAUUUCUCCAUCUCCGUAGCUUCUGGUCUCUUUUCUGCUUCCUUGAUCAAAAGCAAGAGUGUGCGUCUGCUUCCUCUUCUCCUUCUUCUUCUUCGUCUUCUUCUUCUCAGUCUCUAGAUUUCUUACUGUUUUCUUCUCCGAGGAAUCAGAAACUUAAGAUUCUAAUCUCCAAAAUCUUCCCAAAAACCAUGGGAUCUUCAGCGAGUCCAGGCUGAGUUUACUUCUUCCAUCUCCGAUCUCCAUUCUCUCUUUCUAAUCAAAUGAUUCCAUCUUCCAUGGAAUCUCAUAUAAGCUGAAAUCGUAUAAAACAGUGAGUUUCGUAAGAGAAGAUCUGAAGCUUGUGUGUAGCUUCUUGUUCUCGAGCUCAGUGAUGGAGACAAACUCGUCGGGAGAAGAUCUGGUUAUCAAGACGAGGAAGCCAUAUACGAUAACAAAGCAACGUGAACGAUGGACUGAGGAAGAACAUAAUAGAUUCCUUGAAGCCUUGAGGCUUUAUGGUAGAGCAUGGCAGAAGAUUGAAGAACAUGUAGCAACAAAAACUGCUGUGCAGAUUAGAAGUCAUGCUCAGAAAUUUUUCUCCAAGAGGGUAACAGGAUUUCUCUCAAUCUCUCAGGUAGAGAAAGAGGCUGAAGCUAAAGGUGUAGCAAUGGGUCAAGCGCUGGACAUAGCUAUUCCUCCUCCAAGGCCUAAACGAAAACCAAGCAAUCCUUAUCCUAGAAAGACAGGAAGCGGAAAUAUCCCGAUUUUCAAAACGGGUGUGAGUGAUGGAAAAGAGUCUCUUGGAUCAGAAAAAGUGUCCCUCCCUGAGAUGGCCAAUGAAGAACAAUCGAAUCUGGAAGAGACUCUGCAGGAAGACAACUGUUCAGAUUGUUUCACUCAUCAAGACCUCUCUGCUGCACCUUCCAUGAAUAAAAGUUCUGUAGAGACAUCAAAUACAACCACUUUUCGGGAGUUCUUACCUUCACGGGAAGAGGUGAGGCAGAAUAACAGGAUAAGAAAGGAGUCAGACUCAGAGAAUUGCAGUGACUUGAAUGCAAAACCUCUUGAGAGCGAUGUGGUGGAUAAUGAGCAAGGACCUCAGACUUAUCAAAGGCGUAUCCCUGUGCCAGUGCCAUUGAGGAGCUCGAUGACAAGUCCACUGUCACAUCCUCCUUCAGUGGCAGACGAGAAUGACGCCCCAAGAUAUAGUCAUCCACACGCAGCUGCAGGCGAUUAUCAGUCGUUUCCUAACCAUAUUGUGUCAAACCUUAUACAGACACCGUCUCUCUACACCGCUGCUACUUUCGCAUCAUCCUUUUGGCCUCCCGAUUCUGUUGGUGGUGGCUCACCUGUCCAAGGGAACUUACCUCCGAAUCUGGCUGCCAUGGCUGCAGCAACUGUUGCAGCUGCAAGCGCUUGGUGGGCUGCCAAUGGAUUGCUGCCUCUGUGUGCUCCUUUUAGUCCAGGUGGUUUGACCUGUCCCCCUCCAGCUACUUUUGGGCCGUCCGGUGAAGUGGACGACACAAAGGCAAGCACUUUACCACGUGUUUCUGCGCAGAACGGAGAGAGGAUGAAUGAACAAGAACAAUCCGAGGCGUCAAAGGCUCGAUCUUCGGUGGAAUCAGAGGAGGUUGAAAAUGGGAGUAAACCAGGUUGUCAUGAGCAGCCUUCUGCAGCAGGCGAGACUGAUGCAAAGGGCUCGGAUGGAGCGAGUGACAGGAAACAAGUUGACCGGUCUUCGUGUGGCUCAAACACUCCCUCGAGUAGUGAUGAUGUGGAGGCGGAUGCAUCAGAGAGGCAAGAGAAUGACACCAAUGGUGAAGUGAAAGAAGCGAAUGCAGCAGACACUGUUAAUCCUCAGACUUCAGAGUCAAAUGCACGCCGCAGUAGAAUCAGCUCCAAUUUAACCGAUCCAUGGAAGGCUGUGUCAGAUGAGGGUCGAAUUGCCUUCCGAGCUCUCUUUGCCAGAGAAGUAUUGCCACAGAGUUUUUCAUAUCAGAAAGAAAACAGAGAGGAGGAAGAGGAACAACAAGAAGAACAACAACAUAGAUAUCCAAUGGAACUUGAUCUUAACUGCACAGCUCAGUUAACUCCAGUUGAUGAUGAUCAAGAGGAACAGAGAAACGUGGGAUUUUUGGGAAUCGGGUUGGGUGCUUCAAAGCUAAGUAGAGGAAGAACAGGUUUCAAACCUUACAAAAGAUGUUCAACGGAAGCCAAAGAAAGUAGAAUCAUCCACACCAAUCCUAUCAUCCAUGUGGAACAGAAAGAUCCCAAACGGAUUCGGUUGGAAACUCAUGCUUCCACAUGAAAAGUUGAAACUUUCUUUGUGCUCUGCUUUUUUUUUUUCAAAUUUCAACAUCUUCUUCUGUCCUUUGAGGCCUUUUGUAUUUUGUCCACACACACUUCCCUUGUCCAUAGUCUUCCUGUAACAUUUGACUCUGUAUUAUCAACAAAUCAUAAACUGUUUAUUCGAAAUUCCACAAGCUUUAUUGCUCUCUUUAUCAAGAACACUAAACCAUAAGCCAUGGAACAAUGACGUUUGGUAACGAAUGUCAACCAAUCCUGAACUGUUGUUAUUAGGUGCAAUGAUUGUCACUGUU